AUGGCGUCUGACAAUUUGGAAGAUGUUUUGAUACAGAGUGGGGUGGACUCGGCCCUCACGAGCUCACUCAUGAUGGAGGGGUGGUCCUGUCAAUCGUUUCGCAUGGCAGCAGCUGACAUUCAGGGUUUUGAAGAUGUUCUCCAGGAACGGUCGUCUUCUACUCCUUUGUCGGUAUUCCAAAAGGCGUGCCUCCGAACGGCGUUUCAGUCCCUCCAACCUCAACACGGACCUAGUGCAUCGGCUUUGUCCACCCCAACAUUGAGCACUACCACGCCAGCCGGGUCUUGGGCAGAAGCCUUUCCUCCCAAAUUGGAGAAUGCCGUGUUGCAGGCGAUGAAACAAAAAUUCAUGGCCAACUAUCCAUCAGAGUUGAUCCAUGCAGACCUUUUUCCGUCGACCAGAUUAGUGAGCCUGGUUCAUGACCAGCUCUCCAAGAAGGUUUGGAAAUGGGUGCCAUGGAAGUAUCGCAUCUCGCUCACCAGGUCAGAGGAGAUCUCUAGCAAUCGAGCUCAGAAGAUGCCAAAAAUUGACCACUUGGGGUUACACUCCUUAUUAUUUGAUGAUCCUCCCUCAAUCGACGUGUCCAACAACGCCAUGGGGGUGAACUCGAUUCGCAAUAUGCUCGAGGUUCAUGAUCGGGCCAUUGCCUUGUGCCAAGGAGCUCACCUCGCCAAUCUCAAGGCUUAUACCCACAAAUUCAUCGGGUUUUUGACCGCCAAGUACGAUGGAGAUUUACGUAACCCCAGUGUAUUGGAGGCUCAACAUGCGGACCAAAAAAUUUGGACAGUCAUUGCCGAGCUCAUGGAACGAGGAUGGAACAUGGAUGAUUGCUUGCAUGAAAUGACGAAUUUACGUCAUGACCUACCAAGUCUCCUUCAGCCACGACCUCGCGUGUUCAAGCCACUCCCAUCACCAUCUUCUCAGACAGCUUCCCCUCGUGGUGAUGGACCGAAAGGCAAAGGCCAAGGGAAGUCAAAGGGCAAGCAGAAUUCCGGGAAAUCCAAGGGCAAAGUCCAAUGGCUCACGGAGAUUCAACGGGAUGGUGGCUUCAAGCAACUCUGCAUGCGAUAUCAGGUUGACUCCGUGGAGACCCUCCCAGUGCAUGACGUGGACCCAGUUCAAGACUUCGCUCCACCUCGUGAUAGUUUUACCCAGGGCCGUUUGCCCCAACCAGAGCAGGAUCUAUUGCGUGUCGCAUCCAGUGGGAAAGUUGGUUAUGGAGCGGCCAGCCCUUCCUGCUGUGAAUACAGCAGACUCAAACUUCGAGAUGAUGACGGUCCCAAAGCUCUACGAUCACCGGAGCACUUGUCCGGUCUGCCCAAUCUUACACCCUGGGAACUGCAACGUGUCCAAGAGAGCUUUAUGAUGCUCUCUCGCUGCGUUGAGGUUCUCACCCUGGUUUUUCAAGCAGGCGGGCAUGUCCACCUUGAACAACCCUUGAACGCCAUGUCAUGGUUAGAGAAGGUAGUCCGCCAAUUUCUGCAAUUGAUUGGGGCUUCCUGUAUCAACGUGGCAGCUUGCGCCUACGAGAUGGAUGUUUACAAAGCCUGGAUGUUUGCCUCGAGUUUUACAGGUCUUCGACCAUUAGGCUGCAUUUGUCAACAUCCCCCUAAUUCUCAUGUUCGUCUUCAAGGUCUCCGAGACGAUUCUGGUGCUUUUGCUAGUCGGGCGACGGCACAAUACCCACAGAAACUGGCACAAUUAUUUGCCAACCUUGUGGCCCCAUUACUGGACACAUCAGCGUUGGACCUACAAUGGUCAUCUUUGGAUGCCCUCAUGCCCACCAAGCACCUGUCAGAGUAUCCAUUUGCGCAAAUCGAUGGGGGUGGAGCUUUUUCCCACCCGGACUGGAGUCAGGAUAAUCGUCAAGAACACGACUGGUUCAAGAUGCUCCGCACUUCGUGGAUGAACAGGAUCAUCUCUGAACGAUUGGAUAAGAUCCUACUUGCGCAUGUGGCGUCGGGCAACCCUUCACCACCUUUUUCGAUGGAAACUCUGACUCCAUUCAAGGAUGAUCUGGAGAAAUUCUUGGAGCUCACCUCUCCAACUGGCAGAGUGCUGAAGAAGAUCUACCAUUAA